AUGGGCGAGUUUGAGUUGGAGAAUGAUUUAGAAAGUGAGUUGGACGAUUUCGACGAUUUUGCAGACGACAUCAAUUACAGAGCCUUUCAUCAGAAAUCCAAAAUGAGUCAGUUGGCAUACCAACGCGCGCUUAGACGUCGUCGAAUAGCUAAACGCAGACAAAUAGCGUUUGCGCGAGCAAGGCGUAUUCGAAUGAAACGCAACCAAAAACGCCUUUUAAAGGCUGCAGCGAAGAAGGUGCAAAAAAAGAAGAAGAAUACAACCAAAACCGAGAAUUUCAAGCGAUUGUCAAAACGAACGCAAAGGCGUAUUCGCAAGCAAAAAGCUCUUAAAAAGCUGAACAAGAAGGAUUUAAUGAAAGCAAGAAAAAUUAAACAAACCAAACGUAUAGGACAAAAGUUAAGUCGACAAGAAGUCAAAUUACAACAAGCGAUUAGUGUACUACAAAAAAUCAAACAUCCCAAUUUGUCUGAGAAGUCGCUACUUAAGAGACUUGUAAAUCAGAAACGACUUGUGACAUCUGCACGUAAAAGAGUUGAAAAGAUGGAAAAACAACGAGAACUACAGAAACACGCUGAAAAAGUGAGAAAAGCAACUUUACAGAAGAAAAUUGCACAACAACAGAAGUCAAGAAAACAACGAGAAAAGGCCAUGAAUGAACGAACGGCUAAACUUAGGAAGAGAAUCGAACUCAUCAAGAAGCGUCGUGCAGCUCUACUCAAAAGAAAAGAACACGAAAGAAUGCAAAGAGAAAAGAAUACCCUACGGAGAAUCAAUUUGGCGAAGCGAAUUGCACAGAGAAAGAGACUCUUGCGAAGUCGUGAAUUGCAGAGGAAAUUAAAGAGGCAAAAAGCACUUCAAAAUCGACUGAUUCAAAGACAUAAAAACUACAUCCAACGAAUGGCACAGAAAAAACAGCAACCACCAAACCUCAAACAAGUAGUUGAAGAUGGAAGAAGAAAUCAAAUGAUGAGAAACGCACAAGAGGCAUUUAGUAGAACUUCAAAAGAAAAGAAUUUGAGGGAAAGAGUCGAAAGUGAGAAAGAGCGACAUCUCCGUGAAAUCAACGAACUCAACUUAUUGAAACAAAUGAGUCAAGAAGAGGUUGAGGGACUUGGAAAGGGGGUGGCGCAAUCAAUCCAAAAACUGAGAAAAGAGUUAAAGAAGUUGUCGAGCGAAAAAAAGGUUCAAAUCCAACAACAAAUCGAUGCGAUCAGAAUGCUCAGCGACAAGAAGAGAGUCAAGUUCUUGAAAUCACUCGACGUGUUGAUGGACCAAGCUCUCACAAAAGAAAGAAAAACCGUCGAUCCUCUCGACGUCUUCACAAGAGACGGCAAAAACGCGGAGUUGGUGAGAAUCGCACGACUCAGAAACAAAGUUUUGAACCAACUCGAUAUGAUAAAAGUCUAA